AGCCAGCGCCUACCCCUGGCGCGGAAGGGAAGUGAAGGUGCUGCCCGAAAGAUGGCGGCGGCUUCAGCGGUGUCGACGUCAGCCAGCUCGUCUGCGGCCUCAACCGCCGCUACUGCUUUCGGGGAGGUGGAAGAUGAAGGGCUCUUGGCCUCACUAUUCCGGGACCGCUUCUCGGAGGCCCAGUGGCGGGAGCGGCCCGACGUGGGGCGCUACCUCCGGGAGUUGAGCGGCUCCGGGCUGGAGCGUCUGCGGCGAGAGCCCGAGCGCCUGGCGGAGGAGCGGGCGCAGCUGCUGCAGCAGACGCGCGACUUGGCCUUCGCCAAUUACAAGACCUUCAUCCGCGGCGCCGAGUGCACCGAGCGCAUCCACCGCCUCUUUGGCGACGUGGAGGAGUCGCUCGGCCGCUUGCUCGAUCGCUUGCCCAGCUUCCAGCAGAGCUGCAGGAAUUUUGUAAAAGACGCUGAAGAGAUCAGCUCCAACCGGCGGAUGAACACACUGACUUUAAACCGUCACACAGAAAUCCUGGAAAUCCUGGAGAUUCCUCAGCUCAUGGAUACCUGUGUUCGCAAUAGCUAUUACGAAGAGGCCCUAGAGCUGGCAACCUAUGUACACCGACUGGAAAGGAAAUAUUCCUCCAUCCCUGUCAUCCAGAGCAUUGUGAAUGAAGUGCGCCAAUCCAUGCAGCUGAUGUUGAAUCAGUUGAUUCAGCAACUAAGGACCAACAUACAGCUCCCUGCCUGCCUCCGUGUCAUUGGCUUCCUACGGCGCAUGGACAUCUUCACAGAAGCUGAGCUGAGGGUGAAGUUUCUUCAGGCCCGAGAUGCUUGGCUCCAUUCCAUUUUGACUGCCAUCCCCAAUGAUGAUCCAUAUUUCCACAUCACAAAAACCAUUGAGGCCUGCCGUGUCCACCUAUUUGAUAUCAUCACCCAGUACCGUGCCAUCUUCUCAGAUGAGGACCCACUGUUGCGCCCUGCCAUGAGUGAACACUCAGUGAAUGAGAGCGCCAUCUUCCAUGGCUGGGUGCUGCAGAAAGUCUCCCAAUUCUUGCAGAUGCUGGAGACUGACCUUAACCGGGGGAUAGGUGGCCGUCUGGACUCUCUGCUGGGCCAGUGUAUGUACUUUGGACUAUCCUUCAGUCGUGUGGGGGCUGAUUUCCGGGGCCAGUUGGCUCCUGUUUUCCAGCGGGUGGCCAUCAACACUUUCCAGAAAGCAAUUCAGGAAGCAGUGGAGAAAUUCCAUGAUGAAAUGAUGUCAUAUACCCUCAUCCCAACUCCAGCCAUCCUGGGCAGCAGUAAACUACCGGCUGCUGUGCCCGUUGCUCAGCCGGGGACCCUGCAGCCACCUAUGGUGCUCUUAGAUUUCCCACCCCUUGCCUGCUUCCUCAACAGUAUUCUGGUUGCUUUUAAUGAUCUGCGUCUCUGCUGCCCCGUGGCCCUGGCACAGGAUGUGACUGGGACCUUGGAGGAUGCUCUAAGCAAGGUAACUGGAAUAAUCCUAGCUGUUCAUCGUGCAGAAGAGACUGUGUUCACCAGUGGGGAACAAGAGAUCUUCAUCCAGUUCUGCACUGUCUUUCUGGAAGACCUUCUUCCGUAUUUAAAUCGCUGUCUCCAAGUCCUUUUUCCACCAGCUCAGAUAGCACAGACCUUAGGUAUUCCACCUACUCAGCUCUCCAGAUACGGAAAUCUUGGCCAUGUGAACAUCAGUGAGAUCCAGGAGCGCCUUGCUUUCAUCUUGCCGAAGAAAGACAUGGUCUUCUGUCUAGAGGAGAAGGAGAUAGUACCAGAGCUCACAGCAUCAGCACCAGAACUAACUGUGGAGGAGGCAGUCAUUGAGCCAGCUGCUCCAGCUUUCCUGGAGGGGGAACAAGAGCACAGUGAUUCAGCAGAGUCACAGCAGGCAAAUGUAUCUUGUGCUGAUACUUAAUGAGUGUGGCUACCCCAGGCUGCACAGUGCCAGCAGGAAUAGAGGCUGGGGUGCAACCUGAGAUGCCUUACUUGGGAAAGCACAGGACAGUGGCCAGGAGAGGCUGAGGGUACUUGUUGGGCAUUAAGCCAGCUCCCCUGAAUUCCUGAUACUAUGGCCUAUUUACAUAAUCAUUGUUUUGCCUGAAAGGUCCCCACCCAAUUCCAUACCUUUGAUCUACUUUCUACCUCGAGACCCGCCCUGCCUGCAGGUAACAUUAAUCCCACCAGUUAAAACCUUUGCAACAGUUGCUAAGGAAUUUCUAGCCACUUUUUCCUUUUCUCCACCCCCCUUUCCUAGCCAUUUCCUUUUCUGACUUGCCAUUUCCGGUUCUGUCCUAUAAAAGCGUUGUCUAUGAUCAAUAAAGACACAUUGUGUUCCCAGUC